AUGUCAUCCCAAGACGACGUUGCCGCUCCUUCUGUUAUCGCUGCAACUCUCAUGGACACACCCAACGAUGCAGCAUUGGACUCAUUGCAACAGCAGCCUUCACCAACACUUGACGAUAAUGUCGCUUUGACUGGAAACGACAACCACUCCAUAGACCUUGCUGACGACACUGACGACGAUGUUGUUUUGGAUUUGACUCAAGAUGCAACAGAAAAUGACCGUGGCAAUGGGAGCGACAAUGGGGAGCCAACCAGCCGUGGUAGUAGUGAAUCCGAUUCUGAAGCCCUGGAGUUUCUUCGAGAGGCAGGACUAUCCGAAGAAGAUCUACAUUCGCUUGGCAUUGAUCUUGAAGAGAUUCGAGCACAACGGCAAUUGGAGAAGCAAGCACAAAGAGACCUUGAAUACGCACGACAUGUGCAAGAACAGCUUGACGCUGAAGCUAGGCAGGGUUCCCAAUCAUCAUCAUCAUCAUCGAUACCACCACCACCACCAUCACAGUACCCUCCACCUGCAUCUAUUCAAACACCAAUAUCAGCUGUAGCAGCAUCUUCAUCAUCAUCACCAGCUUCAACAACAACAAUGACUCCAUCAACAACAAUGACUCCACCGAUAACAAUGACACCUUCUCCUCAAAUACCAGUUUCUUUUGCUCAGCGUCAUCAGCCUUUUCCACCUUCUCCUUUCAACCCAAUACCUUCUUAUAUUCAUCCUCCUCCACCAUCUAUGCCCGAUCACCAUCAUCUUCCACAAGUCAAACGUAUCAAAUCAGAACACCCACCAUCAGCUAUUGAAUUGAUGCGUCAGCAGCUAAGGAAUAGUGGAAUUGGUUCAUCAUCUUCUGCGUCAUCAUCAUCCUCUUCCAGAGAUACGAAAAGUAAAUCUAUUAUGGUAUUGGAUGAAGAUGAUGAUGUGAUUGAUCUUACCAAUGAUGAUCCAGGUGUUGGUUCCUCCUCUCAAGCGAGUGCAUGGCCUCCCAAUCGAUUUGGUGUGGGUUCCUCUUCUUCGAUGGCCUCAUCUUCUUCCUCUACCAUCUUCUCCAAGCAAUUCAGUAGCGAUGAUGAUGAGGAUGAUCUUUCUUAUUACUCCCGUUCAUACAUCGACAUGAUCAACCAAACUCUCAAUUCAGCCUAUCUUGGAUCCUCUUCCUCUUUUCGACCGUUUUAUGCCAGCAGCGUCGCUACCAAUCGAUCCAACUUUGAAGCUCGUUACAAUUUGCCAUACAAUCGCUAUGCUGCUGAGUACGUACGACCUUUGAACGAUGAACAAACGGAGCAAGAGCUACGACAAUUGCUGGAGAGCAUUCAAGAUCAUGAGGAGAACACUACCCCUGAAGAUCGUGUGGGCACACCUGAAAGGCUUGCUGUCAACUUGAUGGAGCAUCAAAAGGUUGGCUUACGCUGGAUGACUCGUCAGGAAGAAAGUGUCAACAAGGGUGGCAUGUUAUCAGAUGAUAUGGGUCUUGGCAAGACGGUACAAGCGAUGGCGCUCAUUGUUUCCAGGCCAUGUGAAAAUGCUACUCCUGUUACAAGAAUCGCUUCCAUCAUGAAAAAGAGACGCACUGACAAGUCUCAAAUGAUCAAAGUCAAGGCUACGCUGGUGGUGUGCCCCGUCUCGUUGAUUGCCCAAUGGGAACGUGAACUCGUUGUUAAGACACGACCUUCUCUCAAGGUGUAUGUUCAUCAUGGCGCAAAUCGUACUAUUGACGAGAGGAAGUUUAUGGAUUAUGAUGUGGUCGUUACGGCAUACACUACAGUGGCAAAUGAAGUACAAGAGCUUGAAGAACGCUGUGGUCCUUUGUCACGUGUACAAUGGCAUCGUAUCUUCUUGGAUGAGGCCCAUCAAAUCAAGAACAGGCGUACUCGUAUGGCUGAAGGCUGUUGUCGUUUGGAAUCGGAUUAUCGUUGGUGUCUCACAGCUACUCCCAUCCAGAACAAGAUUGAAGAAUUAUACUCGAUCAUCAAGUUCUUGCGUAUCAGACCUUAUUGUGAAUGGAAAGAGUUUGCGGAGGAAAUUGAUCGUCCAAUGCGAAAAGGAAAGCACAAGCAUGCAUUGCAAAAGACACAAGUAUUACUCAAAGCUAUCUCCCUUCGACGAUCCAAAAAGGCCAAGAUUGAUGGCAAACCAAUCCUUAACUUGCCAGAGAGGAAUGUUCAUUUCACGCAUAUCGACUUUUCACCUGAUGAGCGCCAAUUUUACGAGUUCGUCAACGCCAAUGCUCAGGCCCGUUUCAACAAAUUUGUGGAAGCUGGUACUGUAAUGAAGAACUACUCCUCGGUUCUUGUUCUUCUACUACGUUUACGACAAGCAUGCCUACAUCCAAGCUUGACGAUGAUGGAGGCGCCUAACAUUGAUUCUGCUGCGAGCGAGGAAGAGCGCACCGAAGUUGUCAAAGCAAUGGACGAUCAAGUAAUCCAACGAUUGUUGCAGAGCGAUGAUUUGAAGGAAAUCGAGUGUCCUAUUUGUAUGGAUAUGGCUGAUCAGGCACAAAUUAUUUCUCAAUGUGGUCACAUCCUUUGUCGUGAAUGUCUUACAAAUUAUAUCACUACCGGCGAUGCAUCAGAUAAACGCUGUCCUCAAUGCCGUGGUCCAUUGAAGACUGAAAAGGUGGUUCCUGUCGAAUUGUUUCUUCAAGUGCACGCACCAGAUCAAUAUCGAGAAGCCAUGGAAGAUUUGUCUGCUGCAAAGGAGAAAGAGGAAGAGGAGGCGGCCAAGAACAAAGAUAAGGUCUUUCAUUCAAGCGCCAAGAUCGACAAGAUGCUUGAAAUUCUGCAUGAAACACGACGAGAAACCAAAAACCAGGAUAAGACUAUCAUCUUUUCUCAGUUCACUAGCAUGUUGGAUCUCCUCGAACGGCCGCUUCGUGAAAAUGAGUUCAAGUAUGUACGUUUCGAUGGUACUAUGAGUGUUGCCAAUCGUGACAAGGCGCUUGGUAUCUUCUUCCAAGACCCAAGAUGUACAGUGCUGCUUGUUUCUACUAAAUGUGGCUCUCUCGGUUUGAACUUGACCGUUGCCAAUCGUGUUAUUCUGAUGGAUAUUUGGUGGAACCCUGCAUUGGAGAACCAGGCUAUUGAUCGUGUACACCGCAUUGGACAAAAGAAGACUGUAGAUGUGCACCGUAUCUUUAUCAAUAACACAGUAGAAGAUCGUAUCCUUGAACUUCAGAGGAAGAAACAGGCAAUCGCCGAUGGUGCACUUGGCGAAGGUUCAGCCCAAAAGAUUGGCCGACUCGGUUUCCAAGAGCUGCUCCACUUAUUCCGUGGCACUGGUCUUCCUGAUUACGGUGGCAAUAAUGAUGACGACGACGAUGCGUAA